CAUCAUGAUGUGUAACCAGCGUCUGCCUCCUUUCCGCAGUCCGUGAGCCUCUGGGAACGCCAUCAUGACCUCAGACGCUCUGGGCCCAGCCGCGGAUCUCAGGGUGAGGACCUUCACUCCAUCCAGAGAAGAGUUUGCGGACUUUGUUCGGUAUGUGGCCUUCAUGGAGUCCAGAGGAGCACACAGAGCUGGGAUGGCCAAAAUCAUUCCACCUGAAAGCUGGUCGCCCAGGGAGACGUACGACGGCGUGGGGGAGCUGCUGAUCCCUGCCCCCAUCCAGCAGGUGGUGACGGGUCAGUCGGGCCUCUUCACUCAGUACAACAUCCAGAAGAAACCCAUGACGGUCCAGGAGUUCCAGAAGACCUCUGGCCUGGAGAAGUUCUGUAGGCCCACAUGUGUGGACUCUGAGGAGCUGGAAAGGAGGUUCUGGAAGAACCUGACCUUUAACCCCCCGCUGUAUGGAGCUGAUGUCAGCGGGACACUGUUUGACCCAGACUUGUCUGAAUGGAACCUGUCCCGUCUGAACACCAUCCUGGAUGCGGUGGAGACGGAGGACGGGCUGAAGAUCAAAGGCGUCACCAACCCCUGUUUGCACUUCGGGAUGUGGAAGAGCGCCACGGCCUGGCACACGGAGGACAUGGACCUGUACGCCGUCAGCUACCUGCACUACGGACAGCCCAAGUCAUGGUAUGUUGUCCCUCCAGAAUAUGGCAGGAAGCUGGAGCGCCUAGCCAGAGGCUUCUUUCCAGGGAACGCCCAGAGUUGCGAUGCCUUCCUGGGCCACAAGAUGACCUUGAUUUCACCCUCCAUCCUUAGAAAAUACGGCAUCCCAUACGAGAAGGUCACACAGGAAGCCGGCCAGUUCGUGGUGACCUUCCCGUUUGCCUACCAUGCUGGUUUCAACCAUGGCUUCAACUGUGUGGAGUCCACCAACUUUGCCAUGCAGCGCUGGAUCGAUUAUGGAAAACGAGCUAAACUGUGUUCCUGUCGUCAAGAUACAGUGAAGAUCUCCAUGGAUGCGUUUGUGCGCAAGUUUCAGCCUGAGCGUUACGAACUGUGGAAGGCAGGAAAAGACGACGCACCCAUCGACCACCUCAGACCGACUCCAGAAGCGGCUGAGUUCCUGAAGAGAGAAACCAGCACAGACAUCUGCAGAGAGGAAUCGCCUAAGGAGCCAUCUUCUCCUGCCAAACGGGACCGCAGCUCAGAUCCUCAGAGUGAGGGAGAACGUCCGCCCCCAGCCGUUCAGACCUCUGAAGGAGACAUGGGUGAUGUGGAGGUCAAGGAGGAGCCUGAGAAGAACGCUCCCUCCCCAGCUCAGCCUGAGCCAGAAGCUCAGCAGGAGAAGCCCAGCAGGGCUCAGACCAAAGGCUCCUCUAGAGCCGCCAACAAGAAGACCUCCAGCAGACAAAGCGCUGCGAGGAAGGAGAAGAACGGAGGAGCGGCUGCGGAUCCUGGUCCUCCUGAGCCUCUGGAAGGCGAUGGGGAGGGCAGAGUGGAAACCAGUGGUGUUCCAGUGCACAGAGCGUUCCAGAGGACGCUCAGCCCGGCCGACGUCCUGCACGUCCACAGCUACGCUAAAGGAGACUACGGAGAAGAGAACCCGGCGCUGGAGGAAGGCCGGACCACGAGCCACGAGGGUGAACAGGGGGACCAGCUGCCUGUCAGCAGAGAACAGGCGUUGGCCCCCUGUGCAGACCUGGAAGGUAACCUGGAGCCGCCGCCCCAGCCCCACCAUAUGGAGGAGGCCAUCAGAGAUGCUGUGGAGGAGCUUCCUCCAGCGGAACCAGCCGGACCAGAAGGAGACGACUGGACCAAAGCUGUGGUCCAGCUGUGGCAGAGCAGUCCUCCUGACCUGGACAAAGAGAGGGAGUACAACCAGUACAUGGGCUCCAGACCUCCCUACUGCUCCAUCUGCAUGCUCUUCCAGACCUACCAGCAGGUCAGCACGUAAUGGAGAUGUUCCCUG